AUGAAUAUCAACGACCUCACCAAUAACAACAACAAUAAUAACAGUUCCACUAGCAUAUCCACUCAUCACCAGAACUUAUCUCAAGAAGAGGUAAACGCGGUUCAAGUAUUGGAUCAUCUACGAGCAACAACCUCCAACUGUGAUUCUACUUCGGUGUCACCUACGCUGACUCCGAUCACUUCAAACACAAACACUUUUACAAAUAGAUACGCAAAUCAAACCAUCUCCAGUAGCAACACAUUGAAAAGAAGAGAAGAUGAUGCCAUCUCUAUUAAUAGUAAAGACCCAAUCAUAGAUUACUCCAAAAAACCAAAGAUUUAUAAUCCAACUUCAUUCUCUACCACUAAUACUAGUACCAGUAAGAUCCCAGUAAAUGAAAAUUUCACAGAAUGUUUAGAAAGACAUAAAGAUAAUUUAAAAGAGUAUAAAUUAAACAUGUCUAUUGAAUCUAAAAAAAAAUUAGUAUCAUGUGUUCAAGUCUUGAAACUGGCCAAUAAUCAUUUGACUAAGAAAGUUAAAUCUUUACAACAUAUAAUAGACGCCAAUAGCCGUGCUUCUCCAAGUGCAAGUAACACAUCAACUUGUUCUCCCAGGAAGGAACCUAACACGAUUGCCACAACUCGAACUGCCACAACGACGACAACAAUUACAACAACAACAACUAAGAAGGAGGAUGAUGUGGCUAAUACAGGUUACAUAGAUUCUGAUUUAGAUUCUGAUCCCGAAGCAGAUUCAGAUGACGACGAAUAUGAAGAACAGUCCUUUUACGAUGCAGAAAUGGAUCCUCAAGCUCGUUCUGCUUGUGAAGUAUUAAACUCAGAGAUUGUCGGUACUAUUAAGAAAGUUUGUCAUUUGAUCUCUACAGGUGGGACUUCUUUACCAGAACCAGCCAGAUCAGAAGUACGUCAAUGCCUUUUACGAUUACCUUCUUCAUGUGACAAUACAAAGCGUCGUAGAAGUUCAGAUUUGGUACGAGACACUAGUAAACGUGUUCUAUUGUUGGCAAAGGAUUCCUUAGAUAUGGUCAACGAUGUAACUCAAUUGGUAGAUUCUACUUUAGAUCGUGCAGAAGAAUUCAUCAAAAGUAAACAAGAGAAAAAGGAAUUAUUAAAACAAGAAUUUUUAAGAAGUUUACAUGAGAAAGAAAUGAAAAGACGUAAAAGUAUACUACAGACUACGUCAACUACAGAAUCCACUACUACAAACACAUCCUCAAGCACAACAUUUGGUAAUGAUGAGUUGACUCCUGUCACUUCAAACAUGAAUACCUCUGUUUUAAAAGACAAUAGAAAAUAA